AUGAGAACCUUCAGUCUUAUGUCACUGGCGGCUAUUUUAAGUUAUCUAAAGCUUCCAUCUGUCGUUGGGUACUCGCCUGUCCCUGUUGCUGAAGCUUCAAGUUACAAGUGUCAGGACAGGGUCAUUGGUCCGGUUACCUUAAAUGAUCAGAUAAAUAAGGCAUAUGCAGAAGCACAAAGCAAUCAAAGUAGAGGAUUAACGAGAGAACAAAUAUUUGCUUCAAGACAAUUUCGUGUAAUCUUAACGAGAGAUGGAGAACGAAUCCUUAUCCAAUUUUAUUUGUCGAUCAACAAUGUGAAGGAAAUUCUUUCUCUACAGGCUUAUGUCAUGAACCAAUUGUUUACUUGUCAUCCAACAACAGAGCCGCCUCAAUUAAACGAAGUUUUGCACUAG